AUGAAUGAGGGAAUUCUCCCAUCUCCUGGCACCGCCUGGCACUCCAUCAGCGCCAGGGCCCCCCAGCCCCCAGAGGCUAAAAGUCGUGCGGCUCCAACCCGAAAGCAGGGCCAGCAGUGGAGCGAACAGAGCCGGAGGGCCGAGACUCAGUUUACGCAAAGAAUCGCCUUUGUUGUGGGCGACCAACCACACGCGAAGCUAGCACCUGCUCCUCCAGCCGGUCCUCGCGGAAGGACCCCAGGCUGCCGCGCCCCUGACCGCUGCUCGGGGGUCCCUUCUCUCCGCAUCCUGGGGAGCUGGGGCCCCCGAGGCGUCCGGGGGCUUGCAGCCAGGGUCCGCCCCAGCGCUUCCCAGCCGUGGUGGCGCCCGACCCCAGGUGCCCGACACCCCGCCCGGGGUCAGCGUUCUUCGCCUCUUCGGGCCGGCGGGGGUCCUGGGGCUGCGUCAAGGGCACCCCCAGGCCUCCGGGGGCCGGAGCCUGAGUCACGGCGGCACACGCCUUCUCCUCCCGGCUUCCAGUGUGGGGCCCCCUCCGUCCCGCAGCGUCGGGCCCCGGCACAGCAGGCUCCCCCCGUGUCUACCGCGCGCCCCCUCUUCCCGGCCUGGGUCUCUGCGGCCCCCGCCCCCGGCCGGCUCCGGGGCAGCUUCGCCCGGUCGGCGCCUCCAAUGGAGGAGCCCGAACUCCCGGCGCUCCGGGCGGCUCCCGCGGGAGGGGGCGCGGCCGCCCCCGCGGCUCCACCCUCUCGGCGGGGCCGCGGCCAUCUGGGGCCCCUGCCAGUCGCGUCCGCUCUGGGGCCCGCGCCCAGCUCGCGCGGGCGGAGGCAGCCCCGGCGGGGACCCGGGCCUCCCACCGGGCGAUCCCCGGCCGGCGCGGGUGCAGGGAGCCGGGCGCUGAGAUGCCCCGAGGGGGCAGCGGCUGCGAGCGGAGCCCGGGUGGAAGCGCGUCGCAGCGGACGCGGGCUCCCCUCGCCACUUCGGUGA